UGAACGUAAUUUAGAAAAAAUUCGCACUCUUUUAGUGGAUCCAACCAGUCGAAUUCUUCGUGAAGAGAAUAUUUGGAACUUAGGUAUAAUCGAUAAUAUUGAUUUUAAGGAAACUACGUUUGGCUAUAAAAACAUUUUUGAUGCUAUUAGGGGUAAUUCACAUACAUGCUACAUUACGCAUGUUAUUUCAAUAUCAAUUACCUGAAUCACCCAAAGUUCUAGAAGCGCAAGAAAUAAUUCAAGAUCAGCAACAACUUUUUGGACAAAAUUCUUUCUCACAAAAAACAUUUCAUACUUUCAAUUUAAUUUUUGAAAAACUACUUGCCUUUAGUGAAAAUUUUACAUACCAUUCAGAUUUUGAUGAAAGUGAUAUACAUAAUCAAAUUAUGACAUAUUUUACAAUUGGUUGUAAUUUUGAGCUGCCAAAUAUUGUAAUUCUUGAUGCAAGAGAUCCAUCAUCAAGUAAUUCUGCUGUAUAUAAAUGUUUAAAGAUGUAUGAAAAUGAAAUUAGUAUUGGAAAUAAUGAUUAUAUUAAUGUUGCUGCAGAUGAAGCAAUAUUUAGGCAUGGCAUUAGUUAUUGUAAAGCAAAUAAUAAAACAAAAAUGAUACUUAGGCAAUGGCACACGAGUAAAGAUAUGAUGUCUAUGCUAAUAACAAUAUUCUCAGGUUAUGGUAUUUUUAAUAUAGCAGGAAUAUUAGGCGUUCAAUUUUUGGAUAAAUUGGAAAAAGGUGUAGAUUUUAGGGCUACUUCAAAAGUACUGGAAUUAAUUUGGGUUGCAGUUGGACUAGCAAUUCAUUUAUAUGCAAAAAAGAAAAAACAAACAUUAGAUGAUAUACUAGAAGAAAAUAAACUUAUAAAAAUUUGGUACCUAUAUUUUCAGUGGGCUAGUUAUUGGCGUGCACAUUGGUUUGGAAUCUGA